UACACUUACUAUUAGUCAUAUUCAUUAUUAUAAUUAAUAAAAUUGAUUUCAUAGGAUCAUCAGAAUGCUUCGGAUAACCUUUCUUGUCGUACUGACGGCGCUGGCCUGCCAAGCCGCAUCCGAAGAAGACAGUACAGAUGACAAUUAUUUAUACAAUAGUAUUAUUGUCGGAGAUUACGAGGUCGCUGUAUCUAUGACCAAAGACCUGGUGAAAGAUAACAAAUUGGAGAUCAUCAGUACGACUGUACAGAGACUGAUCAACGAAAACCAACGCAACCUUGUUGACUACGCGUACUAUCUGUGGAAAGAAGGCGGUGAAGACAUCGUAAAAAAAUACUUCCCGUUACAAUUCAGAAUCAUCCUCGGCCAACAUGCUGUCAAACUGCUUAGCAUGAGAGACAACAUGGUGGUUAAACUGGGGUAUCGACGUGACAGCGAUGGCGACAGGACUGCUUACGGCGACGCCAACCAUAUGAUUGGUGACAGAAUGGCCUGGAAAUUUAUUCCCGUUGAGGAUUCCCAGCUGUAUUUCAAAAUCUACCACCCGUUAACCGACCAAUACUUGAAGCUUGGUCUUGCGACUAAUAGCGAUGGAGACCAUGAAGUUUUUGGUGGAGACCUGUACGAUUCCUACCGUUUCCAAUUCUUCUUGAUACCAGCGAUGAACGGAGCCGACCUUGUGUUCUAUAUAUUCAACCGCGAGUACCAGCAGGCUCUGAAGCUGAGCAGGGCCGUGGACUCCGACGGCGACCGACAGGUGUUUUCAGAGAAGGGCAACGUCCUUAAUGAUACUUACUCCUACGGGUGGAAAAUCAAACCGUUGUAAAAUUAACACACCAGCUGUGAUUCAUGGAUCUUAAUGAAAUAAAGCAUUGGUGCAUAGAUUGCCUA